GAGAGCCUGCCAAUACCCUUCUGUUUGCCUGGGCAAGAAGAAUAGCAGUGGGAUAUGUCGUCGUCGGACGAAACAACCGGCGGCAGCGUCGCAAUAGCCAUUGUGUCAGUGAUCACGGGCGGGAUCGUGGUCAUCGUGGUGUCCGUGCUCAUCUACAAGUGCUGCAAGCUCCGCAUGAUACGCAAGUAUGGGUAUGGUGGGGACGACGACCUUCCGCUGCGGCCGGUGGAGAGGUGGAGAGCAGAAUCAGUACCAGUACCACCGACGGGAAGCAGCAGCAGCAGCUACGGCACCGUGGACGUGGUCAAGGACCGGCCCGUCAGGUUCAGCUCGUCGCAGCUGAGCGAAUUCACCGCCAACUACAGCGAGAGGCUCGGCGCUGGUGGCUUCGGCGUGGUGUACCGAGGCCAGAUCCAGCUCCCGGCCGGCGGUCAAGGGAGCAGCAGCACCAGCCUGGCGGUGGCCGUGAAGGUGCUCGGGAGCAACAUGGGGCGGCGCGCCGAGGAGCAGUUCAUGGCGGAGAUCGGCACCAUCGGUAGGACGUCGCACGUCAACCUCGUCCGGCUCUACGGAUUCUGCUUCGACGCCGACCUCAAGGCGCUCGUGUACGAGUUCAUGCCCAACGGCUCGCUCGACCACCACCUCUUCCACGACCACGACAGCGACCAGAACCAGAAGCUGGGGUUCGGCAAGCUCUACGACGUCGCCGUCGGCACGGCGAAGGCGGUCCGGUACCUCCACGACGAGUGCGAACGGCGCAUCAUCCACUACGACAUCAAGCCCGGCAACGUGCUCCUGGACGAGGCGUUCCGUCCCAAGGUGGCUGACUUCGGGCUGGCGCGGCUGUGCGAGCGGGAGCGGACGCACGUGACCAUGACCGGCGGCGGGCGCGGCACCCCGGGGUACGCCGCGCCCGAGCUGUGGAUGGCGGCGCCCGCCACGCACAAGUGCGACGUGUACAGCUACGGCAUGCUGCUGUUCGAGAUCCUGGGCCGACGGAGGAACUACGUAGACGACGACGUCGACGGCGGCGCGCGGGACGCCGCCGCCGCCGACAGCGCCGAGCGCUGGUACCCGCGGUGGGUGUGGCAGCGGCUGGAGCGCGGGGAGACGGAGGCGCUGGCGGCGCGGGCUCUGGCCAGCAAGGCCGGCAAAGAGGGGAGGAAGAAGGUGGAGCGGCUGUGCGCCGUGGCGCUCUGGUGCGUGCAGUACCGUCCCGACGACAGGCCGUCGAUGAGCGGCGUCGUGCGCAUGCUGGAGGGCGAUGAGGACGUCGCCGCGCCGGCCGUCAACCCCUUCGCCCAUCUCGAUUCCGACCUUUUGUCGUCGCGGACUUCCACGGCCUACACCACCACCACGUUCGGCUCCGCUGCUUAGAAUAGAGGAACUCCAUCCGUCUGAAUGGUAUUCUAUUUCUUUAAUCAAAACAUCAUAAAUUUAAUCGAAUUUAAAAUAAUAACAUUUAUUAUACUGAAUAAUAUAUUUUUAGAUUAUUCGUUGAUUAUGUUUUUAUAGUAUAUCUUUUCCAAUAAUUCUGAUUAAAGGUAAAAAAAUGUUAACUCUAAAGAAGUCUAAAAUAACUCAUAGUUUAAAAUAGAGGAAACAUAUGUUUUACUUUCACUACUUUCUUGUAUAUAUAAACAUUUGCUCUAGCUUGUCGUUUUCUUUUUGCCUUGAGUAUGUACACCAUGUCACCAUGAACAUGGUUGGACUGCUAUUUAA